AUGGAGGGUUCAGAGGACGAGGACUACUCGGCGAGCCUGAGCGCCGUGCUGCGGCAGCGCAGAGCCAGCGUGAGGCGCUCCCGGAAGGGCCGCGCCCGCCGCCCCUCCUCGCCCUUCCUAGCAGACGAGAACAGACCUAGAAGACGCUCCUCAGUCUUCACCACCAGCUCUGGGGACACAGCUAUAUCGAUGGAAGACGGGCAGUCAGCUGCGGUGACUCAGGAGCAGAUCUUCGAGAACAUACAUUUGCACAAAGAGGUACUUGGCUCGGUGAAGCAGCAGCCGCUGGGGAUGAGGAGGAAACUCAAGAUAGUGCAUCAAGCCAAGGCGUACAUCAAACGUCAUGAGGGGCAGCUCCAGGAGAGACUGGCGCAGUCGAAGAGCACGAGAGACAUCUACGCCAGAUUCAACAUCUUAAUUAAUUCCUACUGGCAACAAGUGAAGCGCGAAGCUGCCAACACGUCGAACCUGUUGAUCCCGUGGGAGCUGCGCAUCAAGGAGAUCGAGUCCCACUUCGGCUCGGUGGUGGCGUCCUACUUCACCUUCCUGCGCUGGCUGUUCUGGGUCAACCUCGUCAUCGGCUUCAUUUUACUCGUAUUCGUCAUCGUUCCUGAGUACCUAACAGCCAAUCCGGAUCAAGAUGGCGAAAGGAAAAUCAUAAUGGACGAGGAGAAGCGGAACGCAUCGAACUUGCUGACCCUGUGGGAGUUCGAAGGCGUGCUGAAGUGCUCGCCCAUCUUCUACGGCUACUACAGCAACGUGGAGCGCGCGCAGUACAGGAUGCCCCUCGCCUACUUCCUCACGGGACUCGCCGUCUAUAUUUAUAGCUUCGUCGCCAUUCUGAGGAAAAUGGCGGAAAACUCAAGAAUGUCAAAAUUGUCUGAAAAGGAAGACGAGUGCAUAUUUUCAUGGAAGCUGUUCACCGGCUGGGACUUCAUGAUCGGGAACACGGAGACGGCGCACAACCGCAUCGCUUCCGUGAUCCUCGGCUUCAAGGAGGCUCUACUGGAGGAGGCAGAGAAGAAAAAAGAUUUGAGGAACUGGCGUAUAAUAUCACUUCGUGCGCUUGUCAACAUCUGCGUGGUCAUUUUGUUAGCGGUAUCAGCAUAUGCAGUGGUAACAGUGGUGUCCCGCUCAGAUGACAACCUCAAAGUGAGGAGUUGGUGGCGAGAGAACGAGACAACUAUUGUUGUCACAGUCAUAUCCAUCACUUUCCCCGUGUUUUUCGAGCUGCUUGGAUUCUUGGAACAUUAUCAUCCAAGGAAACAACUCCGAUUGCAAUUAGCUCGGAUCAUGCUCUUGAACUUGCUCAAUCUUUACUCUCUAAUAUUCGCUUUAUUCAGCAAAAUUGAGGGUAUGAGCCUAGAGUUGGAUUCGCUUAAACCGACUUUAACUCUCAACGCGACACUAAUAGCAAAUGAAACAUUUAGUUUAAAUGAAUCAUUUGCAGCAAGUCUACCUGACUCUUGCGUAGAACAGGAGGUGUCUUGUGGACCUUGUGACAUACAAGUUACGUUGCCAAUGAAAAUAGAAGAUGGAAUAUUUAUAAAAGCCGCAGCGACAUCUCCCUUUUCACAAAACAUAAAAAAAAUUACACCAAAAAUACUUUUGAGACGUCCUCGCGAUGAGAAACUUGAUGGAAAUAUCUUAAAAACCGUGGAAACAACAACUUUAAAUAGUAUUAUGUUGGGAUUAAGGGAAUUAGAAAGACUAAGGGGCAUCCGAAAUCAGCAACAUGUUAGUGAGCAAGACUACAGAAAUACAGUAUCGGAUUCUGAUGAUUACGACUACACAUUUUACGAUACUGAGUCCACCACAAACAAUUUUAACACUGACACGUCGUUUGAUUAUUCAAACACAGAUUACUCAACCACAAUUACUGAUGAUUUAACAAUAACAGAAAAAGGAGAAAGUACAGAAUCGCCAUUGCCGUCAAUGUUUAGUAGUGACGCAGACACUUCUGAGGCUGCUUACACGACAUAUAAUAACACAACAUUUGAAAUAUUAGAAGAAUAUUCCUCUACAGUUAAUGUAGAAGUAACAAACCCAAAAGGCGUCGAUGUAACUGACAAAACAACUGGCUUUGAUACCACAACUGAUGUAUCGGUCUCCCCAUCAAUAUAUGACGAAAACUACGUAACAACUGAUGAACUCACUACUGAAUUCAUUACUACUUCUUCAAGCGAUCUGAUAGAUUCAACGGAAUUUUUAGAUACUACAACCGACCAACUGACGACCUCAACCGAAAAAGAUUUAAUUGAAGACACAAAUAAAUUCAUAUUCACAAGUACUACACCUUUCGUAGCCAAAGCUACAUUUAACUAUAAUACAGAUGUUGAUCUAUUUGAGACGCCUAGUCCUUAUUCACAAACGCAAGCUAGUGCUACUGCAAGGAAUUAUGACAGAGCUACUGAAACGUCAACAGGCCCCGCAAUAGCGACAACAAUACAGAAUAAACAAGCUACAAAAACUGAUUUUUGUCCAGAUUUCUCGUUUAACUGUACAGUCACUUGUAAUGGAAAAAGCGUCAAACAGGUGUUCUUCAUGUCAAAUUGCACCAUAAUAAAGAGAAUCUGUUAUGUGAAAAAUUGUACUUUGAGGGCAAAUACUGUUGCGGAUACUAAAAAUGGAACGAAUGCUACUGCAAUAGAUCUGGUGUUUGUGGAUAAAAAUAAUAGAAAAAUGUAUAAUUUGUCAGUACCCACAAAGAAAAAGUUACUCAAGUUGUGUUGGGAAACAAUGUUUGGACAGGAGUUGGUUAAAUUAACUAUGAUGGACUUGGUAUUCGUGCUUCUGGGCACAUUAUUUAUGGAUUUCUUCCGAGCUCUCUUUGUUAGGUACAUGAAUAGGUGCUGGUGUUGGGAUCUCGAAAAAAAAUUUCCUGAAUACGGAGAUUUUAAGAUAGCGGAAAACAUUUUACAUUUGAUUAAUAACCAAGGAAUGGUUUGGAUGGGGAUGUUCUUUUCCCCGGGCCUCGUAGUUUUGAAUGUCGUCAAGCUCAUGAUAAUGAUGUACUUGCGGUCGUGGGCUGUCAUGACAUGCAACGUGCCUCACGAGGUCGUGUUUAGAGUCUCCAAGAGUAAUAACUUCUACCUCGCCUUGCUGCUUACCAUGCUGUUUCUCUGCGUCCUGCCAGUCGGUUACACAAUUGUUUGGGUCAAACCCUCUUGGCAUUGUGGACCGUUUUCUGAAUAUGAUAAGAUCUAUUAUAUCCUUACCAUUAAUAUCUACAAACUAUUACCCAACAGUCUGAACUUUGCUUUUAAAUAUAUAGCAUCGCCUGCUAUUGUUAUACCCUUGCUGGUGUUACUUAUUCUUAUUAUUUAUUAUUUAACAUCACUCACUAACUCAUUACGAGAAGCUAAUAACGAUUUGAAGAUACAAUUACGCCGCGAGAGAACGGAAGAGCGCAGGAAAAUGUUUCAGCUAGCUGAUACCAGAAGAAGAGCUGGCUCAUCAGCCAUGGAUAACACACCUUUUGCGAGGUGGAAAAAGGCCUUGCCUUCGCUGCCUAUGAGCAAAUCUAUUGACUCUGAUGAUCGUAAGACUCUAACUGAGGAAAUGAAUGAACCAAUAAAGAUUGCUAAGAAAAAAGGUGGAAUAUUUGCAAAAAUCGUUGGCAUGGCUCUAGAUAAGAAAUCCGACGUGGAAGCAGUGUCGGAACUUGGGUGCCCAUUUCCACAGCCUAACAAUUUGGAUGACGAAACAGAUACCGAUUUUCACGAAACCCUACCUAGAGAAUUGUUAAAAAUGAAAGAUAUAACAAUAGUAAAACCAAAACCAAAGAAACAAAAUAGCGUCGAUUUUAAAACAGACAACACCAAGCGACACAAUAUUAAUGAAAUAUAUAAAGGACUGAAAGUUAAACUUGAAAAGGUUGAUGACCGCACUGAAAAGAAAGCUGUCAUAGAAAAGCAAAUGCAAGAUAUGUGUAAACAGAAAGCUACUAUCGAAUCACUAAAAGAAAAAAAUGAAAGAAAACAUCUGAACGAUAAACAAACUUCACAAUCCAGCACACAAUCUAAACAGUCAGACUCAAUCGGAUCAGUAAUACCAGUUAUAACUAUAAGUACUACGGAGAGUGACGAGGAGAACUUAUCGAGAAAAGAUAAUGUUAAAGAGCAUAAACAUAGCGGGCCCAAAGAUAAGAUAGAAGGGAAGGCCAGGAAAACUCCAGAUUUGAAAUCCCUACGACGCCAGAGUAGCGUGGACAGCAUAGGCGACCAGAAGCCGGCUCAAGAGAACAAACUUGACGAAGGUCACAAGUAUCAAUAUUCAUUGUAAUUUAUUUCAUUAUGUAACAUUAUCUUCUACCAUUAAAUACUUUUUGUUAA